CGGGCCAAGGGAGCAGCUGUUCUGGGGGGCGCAGGAAACUGGUUCCUCUGCUCCAGUCCCGGGCGAUCUAAGGGCCCCGAGCGCCCGGGACCCUGCAGCCGGGGGCGAGGGAGGCGUGCCCUUGGAAGGAGCCGCCGCUGGGAUCUGGAGAGUGAGGACGGAGUGGGGUGACCGCUGGAGGGCUCCGCAGAUUUUAGGUGAUGGGCAGAUCAGAAAGUCAGAUGGAUAUAACUGAUAUCAACACUCCAAAGCCAAGGAAGAAACAGAGAUGGACACCAUUGGAGAUCAGUCUCUCUGUCCUUGUCCUGCUCCUUACCAUCAUCGCAGUGACCAUGAUUGCACUCUAUGCAACCUAUGAUGAUGGUAUUUGCAAGUCAUCAGACUGCAUAAAAUCAGCUGCCCGACUGAUCCAGAACAUGGAUACCACUGUUGAGCCUUGCACAGACUUUUUCAAAUACGCCUGUGGGGGUUGGUUGAAACGCAAUGUCAUUCCUGAGACCAGCUCCCGUUACAGUAACUUUGACAUUUUAAGAGAUGAACUAGAAGUUGUUUUGAAAGAUGUCCUCCAGGAACCCAGGACUGAAGAUAUAGAAGCAGUACAGAAAGCAAAAACACUGUACAGAUCUUGUAUAAAUGAAUCUGCCAUUGAUAAUAGAAAUGGGGUACCUCUGCUUGACCUGUUACCAGACAUGUAUGAUUGGCCAGUAGCAGCAGAUAACUGGGAGCAAAAUUAUGAUAACUGGACAGCUGAGAAAUCUAUGGCACAACAGAAUUCUAAAUUUGGGAAAAAAGUCCUUAUUAACUUUUUUGUUGGCACUGAUGACAAGAACUCCAUGAGCCAUAUAAUUCAUAUUGACCAACCUCGACUUGGCCUCCCUUCCAGAGACUACUAUAAUUGCACUGGAAUAUAUAAAGAGGCUUGCACAGCCUAUGUGGAUUUUAUGAUUUCUGUGGCCAAAUUGAUUCGUCAGGAAAGAGGACUGACCAUCAAUGAAAACCAGAUUUCUCAGGAAAUGAAUAAAAUUAUGGAGCUGGAAAAAGAAAUUGCCAUUGCUACAACUAAACCUGAAGAUCGAAAUGAUCCAAUGCUUCUUUAUAACAAAAUGACAUUAGCCCAGAUCAAAGGUAACUUUACACUAGAGAUUGAUAGAAAGGUAUUCAACUGGUUAACUUUCAUAAAUGAAAUCAUGUCAACUGUGAAUAUUAGUAUUACAGAUGAAGAAGAUGUGAUUGUUUAUGCUCCUGAAUAUUUAACCAAACUUAAGGGCAUUCUUACCAGAUAUAGUACCAGAGAUCUUCAAAAUUUAAUGUCCUGGCGGUUCAUAAUGGAUCUUGUAAGCAGCCUCAGCCGAAACUACAAGGAGUCCAGAAAUGCUUUCCGCAAGGCCAUUUAUGGCACAACAUCUGAAACAGCAACUUGGAGACGUUGUGCUAACUACGUCAAUGGGAAUAUGGAAAAUGCAGCGGGAAGGCUUUAUGUAGAAGCAGCGUUUGCUGGACAGAGCAAACAUGUGGUUGAGGAUUUGAUUGCACAGAUCCGGGAAGUUUUCAUUCAGACUUUAGAUGACCUCACUUGGAUGGAUGCAGAAACCAAAAAGAAAGCUGAAGAAAAGGCCUUAGCAAUUAAAGAAAGAAUCGGCUAUCCUGAUAACAUUAUUUCAGAUGAUAAAAAACUGAAUGAUGAAUACCUCGCGUUGAACUACAAGGAAGAUGAAUACUUUGAAAACAUAAUUCAAAAUUUGAAGUUCGGCCAAAAUAAACAACUAAAGAAGCUUCGAGAAAAAGUGGACAAGGAUGAGUGGAUAAGCGGAGCUGCUGUAGUUAAUGCAUUUUAUUCUUCAGGCAGAAAUCAGAUAGUUUUCCCAGCUGGCAUUCUGCAGCCCCCCUUCUUCAGUGCCCAGCAGUCUAACUCAUUGAACUACGGUGGCAUCGGCAUGGUCAUUGGUCAUGAAAUCACCCAUGGCUUUGAUGACAAUGGCAGAAAUUUUAACAAGGAUGGAGAUCUUGUUGACUGGUGGACUCAACAGUCUGCAAAUAACUUUAAAGACCAAUCCCAAUGCAUGGUGUACCAGUAUGGAAACUUCUCCUGGGACCUAGCAGGAGGACAGCACCUCAAUGGAAUUAAUACCCUGGGAGAAAAUAUUGCUGAUAAUGGAGGUAUUGGUCAAGCAUACAGAGCCUAUCAAAAUUAUGUCAAAAAAAAUGGUGAAGAAAAAUUACUUCCUGGACUUAACCUAAAUCACAAACAACUGUUCUUCUUGAACUUCGCCCAGGUGUGGUGUGGGACCUACAGGCCAGAGUAUGCUGUCAACUCCAUUAAGACAGAUGUGCACAGUCCAGGCAAUUUCAGGAUUAUUGGGACUUUACAGAACUCCCUUGAGUUUUCAGAAGCCUUUCACUGCCGCAAGAACUCAUACAUGAAUCCAGAAAAGAAAUGCCGAGUCUGGUGAUGUUCAGAAGUGGUGCUGCUCUCAACUCGACUUGCCAACACCACAGAUUUGAGGAGCACUAUCUGAGAGAAGGGGGGCCUUUGUGGUCAUUGUCACUACUUUGGGUGGUUCAGAGAUAAGAAUAUCAUAGUAAGAAAGAAUCUCUGAAAAGAUGUGGACAAAGGAGGGAGUCGAAUGUCUAUCAAAUCACUCACUUCUCACUGUGUAAAUAAUGCUCCAUCUCUAAAGAUAAUAUCACUAUUCAUUUGUUUCUCAUGAUCUGCCUAUUUGAUGUUGUCUCUUGAAAACUGUUGACCAAUUGAGGUAGGCCAGGAUUUCUAACCAAAGGGAAAAAGGAGGGGUUGAAGAAUACAGUUGGUACCAAAAAGACAGGGUGACAUAAUAGUUAGAAACACUUUGCCUAAGUACUUAGUUUUACUUUUUUUUUUUUUUUUGCAACAUUUAUGCGCCUUCAAAACUCUUCCAAAGAUUUCUUAUACAUACUGGGGCCUUGGAACUUAGGUAGUUUUAAAAUCAUUUUGGCAAUCAUCGGUUAUUCAUUCUGAGAUCACUUUAUUUUAAGCACUCUUAGGGCUAAAAUGAAUGUCUAAAACUGUUUCUUGUUGUACCUGCUUUGACUGAUAUUGAAAUUCUUAAGGCUCCCUGCAAUUUUUUAAGCAAUUUCUUGUUCUCUCUCUCUCUCUCAAAAUUUGGUCUUUUUAAAAAAUUUGUAGUAAUGUAUAAAUAACAAUUUUUAUAUUUAAUGAACUACAUUUAUGACUAAGUAAUUGUUAUUCUAGGUAAUCAUUGAAUACUGAAGUUUCAGACUGAGAUAAAUAGUUAUGAACUAAGAUCUGUAAAGAGAUGUACAGAUGAAGAUUUAAGAUUUUUUUAAACUUAUAAAUCAUAUUGAUGAAAAGCUUGAAGCACAAACUUUGGAUUAAACAUUGCUAUCGGACGGUUGUCUAAAGCUACAUAAGACGUAUGGUUUACAAGCAGAAUUUUCAGAAUUAAAUCCAUCCUUGACGGUGGCUAUGAUCACAGGGCAACACUGCAUCUAUGUAGCUCUGCAUCUCCUUAUCUUUCCAAGUUUGUCAUCUGAUGGAAAUAUUUUGAUAAUAAAUUGAAAUUGUGAGUCCAUUAUUCACUAAGCCUGUUUUGCCAGUGUCUAGCUUUGGAAAGAGCAUUUCUGAAAAGAAAUGGGCAUUUCAGUGCCUCCAGGGACCUGCUUCUGAAAUGCUAACUCACAUCGAGUUCUGAGAGGGACUCUAAGGGGUCUGAUGGGCAUUCAUCUUUUGAGGUUUUUUUGGUUUUCUCCUUUCCUGUCUUAUUGGCUAGUUCAGUUCAAUUUACUAGUUGAUUACUAUUUUACAAAAGAGAUGCACCUCCCGAGCCAUUGUUUUUCCUAACAAAACAUAAAAGUGAAGGAAUUUCUAUCCAGAAAAGGAGUGCUGGUUUUCGGUCACUUGAAAGGAGAUGCCAUUGUUUACCUUUUAAAAAAAAAAGUUAUUGAAAUAUAACAUAUACAAAAACUGCACAAAGCAUAAGGGUACAGUUCAGUGGACGUUUUCCAAACGAUCCCAGCCCUGUCAUGGCACCUGGAAGAAACAGAACUUUCUGAGUGCCAUGGAGCCCUGUCUCCCUACCUUCGCUACACUCCUCCAAGCAUAGCCACUAUCCUGACUUCUAGGAUCAUAGAUUAGUUUUGCAGGUUUUUCUCUUUUAUGUAAAUAGAAUCAAUCAGUAUGUAUUUGGCAUUGCAUUUGUGGGAUUCAUCUACAUUGUUCCCUUUGAUUGCAGCUUCCUCAUCCUUAUUGCUGACUAAUAUUCUAUUGUGCGGCUAGAUCACAGCUCAUCAUUCCAUUAUUGAUGGGCACCUGAGAAGCUUUCCACUUGGGACUGUCAUAAGUAGUGCAGUUCUGAACAUGUUCGCAUAUUAUCAUCUUUUUUUUACUUGGGGUUUUUAUGGACUCCUUUCUACAAUUC